AGCUCUUUAUCAGCUAUGCGGUCUACACAUCUUUAAAAGAAAGGUGCUAUCUCGAAAGUUUAAAAUUCCUGCAUCCGCCCCUGAUCCCAGUAAGGAAGCUGAAAAGCCUCUGCCGAGUGCCCCCAACGGCAAAGCGAGGAACUUCAUCGGCCACAGCCUCUCCCACAAGAAACCACUCAGCGGGCAGGUUUGUGAGAAGAUGGUACGUUCUUGCUGCGUGCCGCAGUGCUCAGCGCAUGCUCUAAAGCCUGAAAAAAUCAGUUUUCAUCGCUUUCCUACUGAAGAAAAACUCAAAUCGCAGUGGAUAAGUAAGUUAAGAGUAGGGAAGAAGUUGACUGCGCAUGACGUGGUGUGUGGUCGUCACUUCGCAAGCGAUGCCUUUAAAGCAAACUACGCUUCUGGACAAGUGCUCAAGAGGAGGUUCUUGAAACCCAACGCCGUUCCGUCGGAGAAUCUUCCGAAGGGAUCACACGACCGGGUCGUGAGGCUUCGGAAGCCAUCGAGAGGUAACAGGACAGCUUCCAACAGUAGCUGCCCUUCUGGUGCUGCAGUUUUAACACAGCACCACCGGACCAGUUUCGAGAAUGUGCAACAAGACUGUGACAGCGACGAGACCGUUUCCUGUGAUGGGGACAGCGGGGCCACUCUCACCUUUGACGAGCGCUGUACAGAGACCAGCAGUCGCUGCAGCAACAGUGAAACACAAUUGACAAGAAAGACUCCUGCUGCUCCGAUGAAUGAAUGGGGACACUUCGAGGAUUGUGGCGGAUUGCCCGCUUCCAGUCUGCAUCUGGAGGGACGGUGGAAUGGCACUUUUGCAGUUAAAGAAGAGAAAGAAGAGUCUGCCGUUUUGACAUCCGAGGCCUUGCAUAGUGGAGAUGCGGAAGACCUCUUCAUUUCCCACGGGCACCUUUAUGUAAACCAAAACACGUCCGUGCUUGUGAAGAAAGAGCCAGAGGAUGCGGCGCCUACUUCAGCAGGUGAAAGCGUGCCCUCCGGUGGUAACGUCAUUAUUUCCGAAUGUCCGCCACAACUGGAGGGACACGGGGACAAUGUCGUUAGAGUCAAGGAAGAGAUACUGCCUACUCCGACGGGAGCCAGCUUCCAGAUGGAAAAAAGCAGCAGAGCAUCGCCCUCCCCCCGGGGCCUUGAGGGACACUGGAACAACUGUGUGAUUAAGGAAGAGGUAGUUGAAGAAAGAGCCACUCCUGCCUACGAGGACUUGGAUAAUGAAGAUGCGCUCGGCCUUUCUGUUUUUUGCCAGCCUGUGAGCGAUGUCCAUAGAGCCACUGUUGUGAAAGAAGAGCCAGCUGAUGUGGUGUGGCAGAGUUCUGACCCUGAGGAGAGCAGUAGCUCCCUUUGUGCGCAAGAGUGGGAUCAAGGACAGCAGGAGGAACAUGACGAGCCCAACGGCCACGGCUGCCGCUUCUGUUCUUUCUCCAGUGUCUCCAAAAGCAAGCUCGCCAUGCACGAGUGCAUACAGACAAGAGAUCCACCUUUCAGCUGCAACCACUGCCAGAUGAUGUUCACCACCAAGCAGAGAUUCAACGCUCAUGCAAGCACUCACAAAGACAAAGCACGCUUCAAAUGCUUUGCUUGUUCAGAAGUUUUUUUACGAAAAGAUCACCUGUUUGUCCACGAAAAGAUUCACGCACACCAAAAGUCCUACAAAUGUGACAUUUGUGUCAAAGCCUUCUUGAGGAGAAAAAGCUUCACAAGUCACCAAAAUGUACACAUGGACACAAAUCGCUUCAAGUGUGCCACUUGUCCACUGACAUUUCAGUCAAGACAUAACUUAAAGAAGCACCUCAGCCGCAACAUCUGCAAGAAAGCAGAUGUUUGUGAAAGCGCCGACAAGGAUGAAAAGACUUUUAAAUGUUCCAAAUGUCCCAAAUCCUAUAAAGAAAAAUCUCACUUGGCUGCUCAUCAAAGGGCUCACAUAAUUGAAAGGCCCUUUAAAUGCUCCAAAUGCCCUAAAGCAUUUGAAACGGAGUCUCAUUUGACUGCUCAUGAGAUGGCGAGGCCUUUUAAAUGCCUCAUCUGUACUAAAGCUUUUCAUUUAAAGUUUAUUUUGACAGCUCAUGAAAGAAUUCACAUGAAUGAGAAGCCCUUUAAAUGCCCUAUGUGCCCCAAGGCAUUUCGAACAAGGCAUAAUUUUAUUUCUCAUGAGAUGAUUCACACAGAUAAGAGGCCUUUUAAGUGCACCACCUGCCCUAAAUCAUUUCAAAAUAAGAGUGGCUUGACAAAUCAUGAAAGAAUUCACACAAACGAAAAGCCCUUUGAAUGUUCCACUUGCGCUAAAUCAUUUCGAACAAAGUCUAGUUUGUCUACUCAUGAGGUGGUCCACACAGAUGAAAGGCCCUUUAAAUGCUCCACCUGCCUUAAAUCAUUUCCAAAAAAGAGUGGCUUAAAGAACCAUGAAAUGAUCCACACAGAUGAAAGACCCUUUAAAUGUGGCAUAUGUCCUAAAGCUUUUCGACGAAAAACUCAUUUGGCUCAUCAUGAGACUGUUCACAUGGAUGAAGAGCUCUUUUAAUGUAUUAUUUGACAAAUCCUUUGAAAAAAGAAUUUUAACUUGGUUGCUCAUAGAGUUCACACAUCACUUGAAGGAUCUUGGACAGGUGUCCACCUGUCCAAGAUCCUUCAAGUGAUUCACCUGCCCUAGGAAGUUUUAGAAUCACCUGAUUGAUCAUGAAAGGACUGACAGCAGUGAAAGACCCAAACUUUUCAAGCAAAGAGCCAAUUGACUGUUCAUGAAAGACCUCACGUGGAUGAUAAGCUCUUUAAAAGGCCACCGACAAUCGAAAAAGCAUGUCGAAAUUCCACAUUUUCCUCCCCCACCAGGCUUUCCCUUGCUUCUUUUUUGUGAUAACGUAGUAAGCGAAGGCAUUUUUUUAGAAAUUUAGAGAUGUUGCAGGUUGGUAUAUCUGUGCAUGACCGAUCUUAAAAGAACUCGGAUGUAAAAGGCCCUAACAUUUCUAACAAGGGGCGAAUUGACUGCUCCUACAGGACCUGACAUGAAUGUAAAGGGCUCUUGAAAUUUCCUACCUGUUCAAAUUAAUUUAAAGUCUGCUUUGAGCAUGUAUUCAAAACAGUGUAAUGACCUUUAAAUAUGGAAUUUGACACUAUUCGCAAUGAUAGUGCUUCACUAACUACCACCACUAC